CCGUAUCAAGUCGCUCCUCCACAUACGGGUUUCCCUUUCUUUAGCCGCCCUCUGCUCUCUUCCAUUGGCGGCAAUGGCGGCGGCGUCGGAAAAUGAUGACACCAGCCUCAAUAACCAGCUUAAACCAGAUUCCGAACCGACUCCGGUCAACCUCUCCCCUCCCCCUCCGGCGGAAGAGAAACCUCUCUCUAAGAACGCCCAGAAGAAACAACUGAAGCAGCAAAGAUACGAAGCGAAGAAAGCGGAGAAGAAGGCGCAAGAGAAGGAGCACAAGAGGAAAGAAGGCGAGAGAAAGCACAAGGAGUGGGAAGAGACCCUAGCCAACGCCACCGAGGAAGAGAGGCUGAAGCUGAUCGAGUCGAGGAGGAGUCUCAGAAAGGAGAGAAUGGAGAAGAGGUCAGAGGAGAAAGAGAAGAAGAUGGAGAGGCUCACCAAAGCUAAAGAAAUCGGACAGAACAUCGUCAUAGAUGUCGACUUCGCGCAUCUCAUGUCCGAGUCUGAGAUCUCCAGCCUCGUUCAGCAGAUAAUGUAUUGCUAUGCGGUGAAUGGGAGAAGCUCUUCUCCUUGUCAUAUGUGGCUAACGGGAGUGCAAGGGGAGAUGAGCACUCAGCUUGAUAAGCUUCCAGGUUUUGAGAAAUGGUUUAUAGAGAAGGAGAGUGGGUGUUACAUUGAGGCCAUGGCUGAUCGGAAAGAGAAUCUGGUGUACCUUACUGCGGACUCUGAAACCAUUUUAGAGGAUCUUGACCCUAAGGAUAUCUACAUUAUUGGUGGCUUGGUGGAUCGGAACCGGUUCAAAGGGAUCACCAUGAACAAGGCACAAGAACAAGGCAUUAAAACAGCUAAACUCCCUAUAGGAGAGUAUAUGAAAAUGUCAAGUUCUCAGGUUCUCACUGUGAACCAAGUUUUGGAGAUACUCGUUAAGUUUCUUGAGACGAGGGACUGGAAAACAUCCUUCUUCACUGUGAUUCCACAGAGGAAACGAACUGGAGUUGAUCCUUUAGUAGACUGUUCGAAAUCGGAACGUCUCUCUGAAGAGCAUCAAGAGGAAGAUGAUCAUCUGGAGAGGAAGAAGGUAUGCGUUGAAGCUCCUCUGGAAAGUGGUAGCUAAAUGAAGAUUAUGCAUAUCUGUUCUGUAGCUGAGAAUUUGAAUUUUGAAUGUUUUAAGUCCUUUUAUUUAUGUUGAGUCAAGAUCACAAUCGUGCUGUUUGGAACCUAAUGCUUUAUUGACACAGUUUAUCACAUGAAAAGAUCAAAUGAAAACACUAGGUUCGUUCAA